AUGAGAAUUGUAUAUCUUUCGGCGUUGCUUGCGUUCGGCCUACAGGCUGAGGCCCAGCUCGCUGCCAGACAGCGCGGCGGCGGUGGUGGAGCAGCGUGUGUGACGAAUGCGACUCUGAGCUUGACUGUGACGGGGAUCUGUACUGUCGCUCAGGAAGAUGUGCGAAUCCCCCUACCCAGAGCUCCUCUCGUGGCGGUGGACAAGGCUCAAUCAUCCGCACAACAACCAUAUACGUUUAUCCAACCCCUACCGUCGUUGCAAUCCUCUGUCCGGUGGCAUAAGCACGUCCACGCGCAGAGCCACGGUCACAUACCCGCCGGUUAUCACGCGUAUCACCAGUACUCGCCGUGUCACGGUCACACUGCCCCCGGUUAUUACCCGCACGAGCACAAGUACACGUCGGGUUACAGUUGCUCCCAUCGUAACGACUGUGACUCGCAGCAGAAGCACAGCAGUAUCGCCUCGUCCAACGCCAACAAGCAGACCAGGGCCAAAUUGUGGAGACAACCCACUCUCUUGUAUCGGCUUAAGCUGCCAGGAGGAUUCAGACUGUGGAUUUGAUUUGAUCAUCUGCAAGAAUGGCUUUUGUGAUUUGUAACCAGCGUUUCAGUUGACGACCAGAGAUGACGAACAAACUUGUGCCUGUGUGGUGGUACCGAAAUGAACCAAGUGCUCUAAAAGGGCAUCUGUGUCUCUCCCAUGAGUAGCCAAUGACUAGGUGAGGAUCUCUGUGUUAUGUCCAUUUAAGGUAGCUUUGGAGAAUGUAAAACGGUCGAAGCUUUUGCCUGCUAGUAGGAGAGGUGUCAUUUCUCUUUGUAUCCCGC